UGCCCCCCACGGAAAUUUGCCACACUCGAUUGGCUCCCAGAACCCAGUUUCCUCCUCAGGCUCCUGGCUGGUUGGAUCUUUUCUCUGCCCCUGCCCGUGGCUGGGUCACUCUCCAGGAAGGUACAACACAGGACAGCAAGGAGAUGCCACCUAAGACCAAAGAAAAAGGGGUGAAAGCUGGGUCACAGAAGAAGAAAAAGAAUGCAGGUGCCGGUGUGGAGGCCGAAUCCAUGCACAGGCUGGCAGUGCUGGAAAAAGAGUUGCUCCAAGACCAUUUGGCUCUGUGGAGGGAUGAGGCCCGCCGAGCCAAGGCUUCUGAAAACCAGCUGAAGCAGAGGUUGCAAGGGCUGGAGGCUGAACUGGAGGGGGCCCGAAGUGAAGGGAAGGCCAUAUAUGCAGAGAUGAGCCGUCAGUGCCGGGCCCUGCAGGAGGAGAUGGAGACCCGCAGCAGGCGGCUGGAGGAAGAAGUGAGGGGCCUUCGGGAACAGCUAGAGAUGUGCCAGAAGGAGGCUGAGGCUGCAAGGAGAGAGGCCGAGGAGGUCCUCGGAGAGCGAGACCAGACUCUGGCUCAGCUUCGGGCCCAUGUGGCAGACAUGGAGGCCAAGUAUGAGGAAAUCUUACAUGGCAGCCUGGAUGGGCUCUUGGCCAAAUUGAGAGCUGUCAAGCCUCAGUGGGACAAGGAUGUGCUGAGACUCCACGCCAGGCACAAGGAGCAGCUCCGCCAGUUUGGACUCAACCCCCUGGAUCUUUGAGGCUGCAAGCCUCUAGUCUCUGGGGCUCUCUGAGGCCAGCAAUAAAGCUCUCUUGAUGUAGAACUCG